AUGGGUUCCUCUUCCGAAACCCAACAACCACAACUCCCCGAUUCAAUCCCAAUUGACAUAAUUGAAUCCUCGAUAGCAGUUCUCUAUCAGAACUGGCUCAGAAGGCUGAGAUGGCAGCAGCUUUUCUUCCAGUGCCAAGAUGAAGAAGAAAAUUAUGGGAAGCAUAGAAGAGGACCAUGGAGAAUCCAUCUGAUCAAUUUCUUGGAAUCAACAUCCGUUCGUGCUAUUGCUCUAUUGCUGCUAUUAGUUGACCUUAUCUUCACCAUCCUUGACCUCUCUUCGUCUCUUUUAUCCUGCAACCCUAAGAGAAAAACAGAAAACAAGGUGUUUCACUGGGGAGGGAUCGUUAUAUUGAGCUUGUUUUCAGCAAAAAUUCUGGCUCUAACUGUGGCGUUGGGCGCUUCAUUCUUCCGGCGUCCAGGUCUUAUUGUUGAUGGUGUUGUUGUCAUUGGGGCCUUGCUUUUGGAAGCAUUUGUGGAGAUGAAGGGAGCAGGGCUCAUUGUUGUAGUGAGCUUGUGGAGGGUUGUUAGGGUGGUUGAGAGUGCCUUCGAGCUUAGUGAUGAGACCAUUGAAGUGCAGAUUCAGAAGAUUGUAUGUCAAUUUGAGGCACUGCGAGAUGAGAACCGAUGUCUCCAGAUUUCCAUUGCUGAGAAGGAUCAGAAGAUAAUGGAGCUUGAAGAAGCCAUGAAUCAAUGCAGUACUGAUCAUAUUUGCUAGGGUGCAAAAUUAAUCCACAUAUAUAGA